AUGGCCGACGACAAAUCCCGCAAGGCAGUCAUAAUCAAACACAUGAACAAUGACCAUGCCCGCUCUCUCUCCCUUUACCUCCGCGCCUACUGCGCCGUCUCCCCGCGCGCCGCUCAAUCCCCAAUCCUCGAAGACCUCCGCCUCACAGACAUGAUCAUAUCUGCCCAAGGCUCCCGCUACAUAAUCCCCUUCACGCCGCCACUCGCCUCCAUAUCCGACACCCGCGCCCGCGUCGUGGCCAUGCACAAGGAAUCCCUGCGCCGGCUGAACCUCUCGGACACUACAAUCACCACUUACCUCCCACCGCAGGGCCCGCAGGUAAUCGGGUUCGCGCUCUGCCUUACGGCGCUGGUGGCAUACUCGCGCCGCGCGAAUUUCGAGCCGGGAUCCGUGCUCUACGAUACGUUGGAUUUGGGGACUAGGGCUCCUGGGUUUACGGAGUUUAGUGUCAAGUGGCAGCCGUGGGUCUUUGGGAUUCUUGCGGGCUUGCAUGCGUUUGAGGCGGUCGUUUUGCUGGGCUGGAUGAGGCUGAGGAAGCAUGGGGUUAAGAUGUUUUCGGGGCUGUGGUGGACGUGGAUUGUGCUUGGGUUUGUGGAGGGGUUUCCGGCUUGGAUGAGGUUUGAUGCGGAGGUGAAGAGGAUUGAGAAUGAGGGGGGGCAUGAGAAGAGUACUUGA